UGGGCGUACUUCGGUCCCACAACACAACAACGCCGUACCGUCUCACGGGGUCUGGAGAUGGCUCAUCGCGCGACCAGCGCUCCCCGAAAGUAGGUUAGUACAGUCGGUUGGAGAAGGGGGCCCCGGUGCUCUCGGAACGCCGCCCGUUCUCCUUAGCCUCAGCAGACCGACGUUAGUGUGUUGCGACAGUCCCGCGAGUUAAGAUAGUACGCCGACAGCGUACCGAAACCAGACGACGGGUAUGUUACGCGACUUGCCAUGAGCCCGUCACCCGCCUUGCCUCUGGAAGUGGAAAGAUACAUCGGCGCCUGUCUGAUAUCGAACCACAACCAUCAGAAGACCAAGCAGCAACAGCAGCAGGUGGAGCCCUUUUAUCGCGAACGUUACCACCGCCAGAGGACCUUCUCCAACGACAACAACUACCGCCCUCAGAGAUGCCCGAAUCUGGACGGAUGGGCUGGUGGCAUGCCCCUGAUCUCUUUCGUCCCCAACAGGCCGCGUCGCCUGGAACAACCCCUGGUUAGAACCCCGCCGCCAGGCUACGAAGACUUCAACCUGGCGCGUCUGGCCGUCCACACCCAAGGUGCACCUUUGAUCUUAUCCAAGACGUACAACCACCGCAAGAACAAGCUGCAACGGAACCAAAACGCCACCGGGAAACCCAGGAACGGCGAGAACAAACCCGCGGACACGGUGAGCGUCACCAGCGACGAAAGCUACGGUUCCGUCAGUUCCGAACAGUGCCUACCCCGCAUCAUAAAACCCAGGAAACGUCGCAAGAAAGACCGCAAGACGCCCUCCUUCGAACCACCGUCCUUCCAGUCGUCCGACUCCACUGAAGUAUCCUCAGAUGGUACCAGUCCGGAAGCUGUCAACCCUUCCAGGUUAACCUUCGAGUUCCUCCUUGAAUCUGAGACCCCGAGGUUGCACCACACUUUCGACGAAGUGGAGGAUCUGGAAGAGGAUUCCAAAGUGGCAAACGCCACCAGUUGCCAGUGCAGGUACUGCGACCCCGCGGGGCAGAUCUGGGACUCGGACAAGACGCACUACUCGUCGUUCCUGACGCCCCCUGAUAGGCCGGACGACGCGUUCCCCUAUCCGGACCUGUCCAGGUUGACGCUGGAGGAGGCGAUGCCCCGUAGGGCCUCGGCGUCCGACCUGGAGGUCUCCACGCAGAUCGUGACGUCGCUGAAUGGACUCAGGGACCUUGAGAUCAAAUUUUUUUCCUCGGCCAGUGCCUCGUGCGACGACAAAGUGUACCACCGCAAGGACGUCGUCGAGACGUGCUAACAACUAUGGUGAACUUUGGGUAUCGAUUGGUGUGAGUGUGUGUCCUCUGUGUCUCUGGGAUUACUAAGUACAAUCCGUACGUAACAGCCUCUUUUUCCUCUGCGUCUUUAACUUAUUUAUUCAACGAAAAAAGCUGUGAUCUCGAUCUGCGGCGGGGUCACCAUAGAGGUAUAUAGAUUGUAAAGUGCAAAUCACGAUUUUCCAAUCAGGAGGUGUUGGGAUCUAGCGGCCCAUUUGAUUUAUGCGUUUUGCGGUACCUUUUCCGUGAAUUAUAGGAGAAAUUCGGACGUUUGGGAGCGUGAGAAGGCUUCAUUCACACCGUUGCUUGCGUUAGGUUCGACCUGUCGAUGUUUUGAUGAGAACGAAUCGAUUCAAGGCGUCUUUUUUGCGUUUUCAUCGACAACAUCGUUCUCGCGAACAUGGAAAUAGCUAAUUCGGGAAGUUGGUUAUGGAAUUUUGAAGGUUGAUGUUCUAUGAACAUUGUGCGUAGCUACUACUACUGAUUCCAGUCGGAGCAUAGUCUAUUCAAGAAUUAUUGACAUCUCAGUGGGCCUGGAAAGACCAGACGCUACUUAAUAUCUGCUCACAAAAGUUCUCCAAUAACUUUUGUAGUUUCAAACACUGAACUCAAAUAAAAAGAUAAAAUAAUAAAAAAUUAAACUGAUAAAACACACAAAUUCAAAGCUUAUGAAUGAGAACAUAAGCAACAGUACAAAAUUCUCAAUAUCUUCGAUCAUAUACCUACAUGUAACUGGUCUGUAGUUUAGUGUUUACUCCCAAUACCAACCACCAGAUUUCCUCAAUUCAAAAUCAUACUGUGUGAACGAUUGCUCAACUUCAAUUAUGUUUUCCACAGCCUCCCGAGAUGUCAGUUAUUCUUGAUCUCAAUGUCAUUUACCUCUAGCCUAACUUUUAAACAAUAACAACUGCACCAUUCGUGAAAAACGAAGCAUGCUGUCAAAAUUGUCUUUACUCAACUUAUGAUUUGGUCUAUGGGGCACAUUUUGCUUUAAGGUAUAAUUUUUUUUAAUGAAUUUUCGAUCAAGAAAAACUCCUUGUUUCAAGCGUAUCAAAUUUUUUCCACGAAUUUCUUGUUUAAUUUCCCUCCAAUAGUGUGAGGAUGAAUAAAACAUGAAUGGGUAUUCAUGGUGGAUAAUUCCAACUGGAAAUUGUAUAAUGAGUAUUCUCUAAUUCUUUCUAAUCACGAAAACUGCACGUUUCUAUUGAAUUAGAGGAAAUUUCGUUGAUUGUUAUAAAAUUCUAAAGAGACCGUGACCACUUAUAUGAAUUAAAUGGCGUGAACAAACAUUUGGAUGUUUUGAAGAAACUUUGCAUAUGCUGCUUGGUGUUAUUGUCAUUUUUUGCGUCGGAAUUCAUCCAAACUAUGGAAUAGAAAAAUGUUUAGGAAGAAAGGGAAACCAAAAUGAAAUUUUUUUUUCUUUGAGUUAGUGUCUCAACGUA